AUGGACUUCGGGAGAAGAGAAGAAGGAGGAGAUGGGUGUGAGCUUGUGGGAGAGGAAAUGGCCACGUUAGUGGGGAACGGGAUUCUUGUAGGCUUUGUCGGACAAGCCGCUUUAUCCUUAGGCCUCUCUGCGUGGGUAUUCUUUCUAACCACGCACGGCAACAUGGAUAUCGUACAUCCAGAAGGUUCCAUACAUCGUGAAAUCGAGCGGAAGCGCUUGCACUUCGUUUCUAGUAUUUUAAUGAUUGGCUCCGAUAUCCAAUCGACGCUGGGAAUAGCCUAUAUGAUUACCGUCUUCGCACAGGCGGAGAUCAUAGACACAUACCACUUACACCUCGUGUUUGACAUUGUUAGCUUCGUCGGGGUGUCAAACACAGCCGCCCUCGUCUGUUGGAGAUUCUGCCGUGCGAAGCUGGACGAACCUCACAACUCUAAGCAUCGUACUAAGCGCAUCUCCGAACGUAUAAUCCAUCCCCACGGUCGCUACCGAGCCACUUUUAUGUAUACCGUCUUAUACCUGGUCCUUACCAUUCUCCUCUGCGUCCGCCUUGACGAUUGGUCACCUAAUAAGGCGCCUGGUCGUUGCUACCAUUCGCACUUGGUGACCAAUGCAGCAGCCUCGCAUCCUUACUCUGAUAAGAUCUAUGUGGCUAUCACCAGCUCUUGGCUUAUAGCCGUUCUUCUUGCUAGCGUGUUCGGUGGAGUUCGCAGGAGACAUACGAUUCUGAUCCUCUCCUCGCUUCACUUUCCCCUGCACCUCUACAUGGCGCUUGCGCUUCGGCAAGCAAACCAAGGCAAGUUUGAGGGCGAGCCGAAGCACGAGAAUGAAUGGGACUUUGGCCAGACAACCGCGGUGGUUCUUCUAGGCAUUUCCGUCACGGAACUUCUCACCAAGGGAAAAGAGUACUAUGACUUCGAGAAGUCGGUUGUUAAGCACGGUUUGCCUCGUCAUGGAAGUAACCGGUCGCUUCAGGAGGCUGGGGAAGGAAAUAGGGAUAACUGUCUCCUUGAGAGACUCCCUACAGACCAAAAUACCCCCAGAGAGAGGCUCCUUGUUGGGGAACAUGCUGAAAGUUGA